CGGGAGAAGAGGGAAGUUCAGUUUGUUGACAUCGCGGUACGAAAAUCUCGUCUAUUUAUCUGAAGACGCGAAGAAUGAAUGGAUAUAGGUGACUUUUGCUCGGUGGAGAUACAAAUUUUAUGACUACACGACUUACACUUACACGAUUUCUCUUAGCUCCCAAGUAAAUUUGCCUGGACAAGCAGCCAAAUGUCUGAGCUGCAGCCACUGAGCCAGCCCCAACAAACAGCAGAGCCCUUGUUAAAUGUCCAGGAGAUGCAGUUCUGGCUGGACAAAGCAGUGGCUUGGGGCCAGGCUGACAGUCCAGACACUCAGAAAGACACCUGUCUGCACUUGAACAGACUGAGGGAUUUCCUGCAGCAGCUUCUCGCACACAUCAGCAACAUGAGCUCCACAGCAGAAACCAUGAAGAAGCUGCCUCUCUUAGGCCAGUUUUUGGGUCGACUGUGCUGGAACCCGUAUGUCACUGCAGGAGAUACGAGCAGAAACCUGCUGCUCCAGUGUCUGUGGGGACUGUAUUCAGAGCAUCCAAGCAAUGCUGUGGAAAGAAAAGCCAACCAAUGGAUACGGAAAGUGUUGUGUCAGCUUGCUACAGAAGAAGACGAUGGUGUAGCACAGGCGCUAAUGAAGCAUAUGGGUGUACCAGCUAAAGAGUACCAUCUUAACGUCUUGACAAAGAUGGUGGCACUGCUGCAGGAAAACGUUGGGAAGAGUUGCUGUUCUCUGAGCAACAUAAAUCAGAGGUGUUCAUGUGACAAUAUUCUGGCUACUUCAGAUGCUUGUGUUCCCCUGAUUACUUGUCCCGAAGCUUCUCCUCUCAUCGGUGCGUUACUUCAGCAGCCAGUGACUUGUGUCAAAGAAGCUCUCAGCGAAGAUUUUUUGGAUGCUUUGAGUUCUGCCUAUUCAAGCCGGAACUUGUCAUUAGAGGAGCAGGCCUUAGUGUCUUUGUGGCAUCACAGCCUCCCUAGCCUGGAAGAGGCAGUGCUCAGUCUGCUGGAGUCUGUUACCAACACGACGUCAACACCACAGAUGCUACAUCAACAAGUAGCACAGUCUCUGCUGCCUAAAGCUUGUGCUCAGCACUGCUCGCUGUUCUUGGUUACAAAUGACAUCUUCAGAUCCGUCCUUAAGCAAGCUGAAGGAAAUGAAUCCGUUAAGUCACUUGUCCAAACCUUUACUAGGUGUUUCCUGUGGGAGCUGGCACUGCUGCAGCCUCAGACGAGUGUGUCUUUGAAGGCCUUCUUCCCACAGUCGCCUCCGAGUCUGCUGGUUCCCCUCUUGACUCUGCCUUCAGAGAUGCCUCAGGAGUCUUGGAGAAAUCACCUGAACUGGCUCAGUGGCUCAUUACAGAGACUGACAGAGGAGGAAGAGGAGGGAAAUGGAGACAGCAGAAGCACCAGGGGGCACUACAAAGUGUUUGAGACCUGGUUCCUGCUGGUUCAGUGUGCCCACUGGGUGCAGGCGGCUGUCCAGCUGCUGGUCACCUCGCCUGAGGACUGUGGUCCCCUCUUGCGGCUGCUGACCUUCUACCAUCACCCCACCAACAGGUGGCACCACCGAGCUUUACAGCUGGUAGGAGCCAGAGAAGCAUGGGAACACCUACGCUCUGUUUUCUCGGUCUCAGCUCGUCCUCCCAUUGACCGCCUGCAGUCGUUGGUCACUCUGCCGUCAUCACCGGCUCCAUUAUUGACCCUCAGCCUCUUAGUUAAUUUUGCUGUUUUCUGCCAGCAGCCACUGAGUGUUUCAACAGAGAUUUUACAGACGGUGGUGCAUCAUUCUGGUCUGGUUGAUGAAGCAGCAUGUGUUCUCAGCUCACUGGAGCUCAGACUAAGUGAAGGAAGCUGCUUAUCAAACGACAGAGUUCAUCUCAGGAUCAAGGAGCUUCAGAAAACUCUAACACACAUGCAUUAGGCAUGAAGCCACGCUGCGAGGCGAGCGGAGCGCACACGCUUGCUUACUCUGAAACAGGUGAGAGUGCGUAACCCACACACGCACGCAGCAGUCGGUUCAUCUUCGCACUUGGGUUUUUCCAAAGCACGCUUGCGGAAUGACAAAUUGCCGUGCUCUCGUGUAGAUAUGCUGCGGUACAAUGACAGGAGUGUGUCAAAACAACCCAGCGAGGACAGAUUAUGUGGCGAGGCUACAAUUAUACGUACGUACACACACACACAUAACACAACUGCAAGGCCCACAAGGACACUUGAGCGGUGACAGAUCACAGAGCAAAGAAGCAGCAGCUCGUACAACGUGUCGGAGUCCUCCCACUCAUGUAAUUGCCUCACAAUAUAAAUCCUUCACGCUACACAUGCUGACGUCGGUUUUGAAGGAAGGGAAAGCCAAAUGCCAGUUGUCUUUGGAAUUACCGUUUGUGCUACGACUGUUCUUUUAUGGAGAACAUACAAUAUUAGCACAGUAUUAAGGAAAGGAUAAAAUGCAAACAAGUAAUGUCACUUUUUCUGUGUGUGCAUCUUCUAUUGCUUCAUUGUUUGUAAAGGUGUCCUCUUGUGUUUCUGUUCCAAUUGUAAGCAACUGUAAUGUAACUGGUUGACUCCUCCUAGAAUGGGACACAAAUGUCAAAAAAUGCCUAUACAUUUGUGUUUUUGUGAGAAAAAUGAGUGUUUGACAUCAUUCAGGAUCUGUAAUAUUUUGUCUUGUAUUUGACACAUUCUUCUUGUUUGAUAAUAAAUUUUUCAAGUCUCAAAAGUCAAUAAUGGGCUA